AUGCCCAAAAAAAGUUCCCCUGUUUUUCAGAAAGUUUCUAAUCUACUAAACAUGUCAAUUUUCUUAGCAAAAAUGAGAAAACCCAUCAUUACAAGGUUAAUUUCUCUGAAAAAUGCGAAGAAAAUGAAGAAAUUUAGUCUUCUUAAGCAUUACAAUUAUGGGUAUAUUCAAGAAUACCAAUUUUCUCCUUCAAAUACACCAUUGAUUCAUUACUAUAACAGAAAAAAAUCAUUCAGAAAACAGAGGAGUUACAGAGAUAUAUGGUCUGUUUUCUUUAUUUCGAGAUGUUUGGGAAUGGCGAAAGUCGAAGAAGAAGAAAAAAAGAGAAGGUACCCAGUGUUGGAGUUGGAGAGAUUAGGUUCCAUGGAAGAAUUUACAGAUUUUCAUGGCAACGAUGAUGAUAAUGACGAUGAUGAUGAUGAUGAUUCGGUUGAUGAGAGAGCUGAGAAGUUUAUUGAAAGGUUUUAUGAAGAAAUUAAAUUGCAAAGACAAGAAUCAUUUUUGGAGAAGUUUAAUGCAAUGGUUGAGAAUUGA